AUGCCGCAAGCAACUCCAGUGAUUGAUAUCAAUUAUGGAGCUCCAGGCUACAUUGUAAAUUUCGUGUUAUUCUCUGCUCUUUUCGUCUUCAAUGCUGUAGUCUACAUAAGAAGCCGACUGCAGGCGAAACGAUUCGCUGAUCAUUGCGUCUACCUGCCCAAUGAAAAUCAGACGCAGAAAGGAUAUCGCCCUUCGAGGCUGGGAAGAUCCUGUCGAGCCCUUUCAGUGAUCUUCUUGAUUUGGAUGCAAUGCUCUCUGAUCAUCACUUUCCUGUCAAAUUAUCAGCACUACUGGCCUUACUCGCCUGGCAAAGGAGAGGAAAACAAGCAUGUGACCUGGGAUUCCUUCACACGAGCCUUCCUCUUGCCGUGGAUUACAACCUUCUUGCUUCUUGUAGGGCUCCGGCGACACCAUUCCUCUCUUGCUAUAUUCUACAUGUGCCCGUGCUCGCUCGAAAGAGCGACCCAUGUCAAGGUACACAGCAGCAUCGAGGAUGAGAACGGAAACCGUCAGGACUUUGAAGACGUUGUUCCCGUAUCCAUCACAGCGAGGAAUCUCCGCAUGAUCGAGUGGCAGCUGCUUCGUUACGUGUACUGCAGCUCCAAGGAUGCCUUCACUUCGGAUCCCCAGUACGACAACGAUGAUGACGAGGGUAUGAAGGUUGAGCGAGACAUCACGGGGGUUUGGGCGAACGAGAUGCACAGGAAAGGAGGAGUUUCCAGCGAGAUGGCCUCUGUUAUGCUGGAUGGUCCUCAGGGGCGAAAUGAGAUCACUGUGCACAUCCCCUCGAUCCUUGAAGGGUGCGUGACAGAGUUCUUCUCGUUCUUCUACAUCUAUCAGUUCUUUGCGGUGACCCUCUCCUUCUACUGGGACUACGUCUCCGUCGGGCUGAUGAUGUCCCUGCUGGUCCUGACAUGUGGCGUCAUCAAGGUUUACACCGAGAGGAUGCAGAGAUUGAAGAUGAAGGAAAUGGCGACCUUGGACGAGACGAUCUUGGUCUUCCGGGACAACCAGUGGAAGAGCGUUGACUCCCAUGAAGCGUGUGUGGGAGACAUCCUCUGUCUGACUUCCAAGCUGGAGGAUGAAGACGCUGAGAACGAGAAUCAUCCUCAUCACCGACCGCUGCUGACAGCAGACUGCAUCUUGAUCAGUGGCUCUUGCGUGGUCGACGAGUCUCUACUGACUGGAGAAACCAUGCCCAUCCAGAAGUUUGCUGUGUCCGAAGACAAGCGUGUGCGCAUCCCCGAUAGCGCCGAGCACAAGAAACACUUCUUGUUUGCAGGGACUUGCUUGCUGCAUGCUGGAGGAGCGGAUCAGACGGAGCUGCCGGAUCACGUGUCCGAAGGAGGGCUUGCAAUCGUCACCCAUGUGGGACCUCGGAGCACGCGCGGGAUUCUCCUGCGGACUCUUCUCUUUGGGUCCUCUACUCGACUGCACAUCGUAGCCGAGGCUCAGUUUGUCCUGGCAUUGCUGGUUUUCAUCGCCUUCUGGGAUUUCCUUGCUGUCAACUUGAACUACGAGUUCAACUUGAGCUCAGUCCUUGCUGCAACUUUCAUGCUCAUCUCCAUGGUCUCUCCGCUGCUCAGCGUCGCUGUGCUGGGCGGUCAGCUGGCCUCAGCCCAGCGGCUCAACAGGAAGAAACCGGCGAAGGAGACGCGUGAGCAAGAGGAAGGAGAGCAAGCUUCAGCAGACGAGACGAUCCAGAUCUACGUGAGGGAUGUCGACAGGAUGGCGCUGGCAGGGAAGAUUGACCUCAUGUGCUUCGACAAGACCGGGACCAUCACCAAGACCGGGCUCGACCUCAUCGGCUUCCUGCCUGCUAGCAACAAGUCGGAGACGAGAGCGUCCUGGGAGGAGCUCCAUCCCCUCGAAGGCUACGUGGCAGGAGGGGAGGAGCUGGAUGAGCUUCUGGCUGCUGCCCUGGCGCUGACGCACACAGUCUCUCGGCUUGGGAAGCAACUGAUAGGACAUCAAGUCGAGCUGAGGAUGGUAGAGGCAGCGGAGCAGCUGGGGUGGAAGUACGAGGAGGGGAUGAAGGCAGCCAACGAGUGGACGAUCGUCAAGCAGUGGACGUUUGAUCAUCAGACCAUGACCAUGUCAGUCCUCACAGCGAAGGAACGCGGCGAUGAGAAGAAGAACCUUGUCUUUGUCAAAGGAUCGUUUGAGGCUGUCAGCACAAGGUGCUCGCCGAAGCUCGAUGACAAGUGGAGGAGAGCUGUGGAGUUGCACUCGAAGAGGGGUUGCUACAUCAUCGCGAUCGCCUGCAAGAAUGUCGAUGACGAUCAGAUCCUGACCAUCAGCAGACAACAAGCAGAGUCCUCGUUGACUUUCCUGGGACUCAUCGCAUUCCGAAACGAGCCCAAGAUGCAGCAUGGAGGAGUGGAGUGCGUCAUGGUGACAGGGGACUCUGCUUUGACUGGAGUUGCGGUUGCCAAGACCGUUGGUAUCAUCCCUGAAGACCACUUUGUGUUCGUUGGGAAGUUGGAUGAUAAGAAGAAUCUGUCGUGGACCCAAGUGGUUUCCGAGGAGCGCAAGCCGGCAGGCGAAAAGGAUGCUGAGUCAGGGAGAGCAGCGGAGAGUGCAAGAGACGGGGAGAAGACGAGGGAGGAAGGGAAGAGGGACGACGAGCGAGACGAAAGCUCGAUGAAGACAAGUCUGGUUGUCAGUGGAGAUGUCUUUGAACACCUCCUCAACAACGGAUCCAUGGGCGAAUUCCUUCACUGCCGCAAGUCUUGCCGAGUGCGAGGACGUUCAACCUGCGAGUGUCCGCGGAUCCGUGUGUUCGGCCGGAUGACUCCCCAUCAGAAGGUGCAGGUUGUUCGAGAGUUCGCCAACAACAUGAGAACCGUCGGGAUGUGCGGGGACGGAGGGAACGACAGUGGUGCCCUGAGAUCGGCUCACGCUGGGCUAGCACUGUCGGGUCGAGCAGAAGCUUCCGUGGCAGCUCCGUUCAGCACGGACAGUGACUCCCUCGCUGCUCUCACUCUCCUUCUCAGGGAAGGACGGGCUUCGCUGUGCACAUCAUUUGCUGCCUAUCGCUUCCUUAUCGUCCGUGGAAUUGUGUGGACUCAGGCGAAAAACAUCAUGUUUCUCAUAGCUGGGCUGUACCUCCCUCCCCUUGGCUACCUCUACCUUGACCUCGUCUCCACCUCCCUCUUCCUCUGGGCAAUCUCCUUGUCGAAGCCUUCCAGUCGACUAUCUCCGCGCAUCCCGGAGGGAUCUUUGUUGGGUCCACAGAAUGUCAUCUCAGCAACCAUAUCUGUCCUUCUCUACCUCUCCAUUCUGGGUAUUCUUCUCGCCGUUUUGUUCACCCGUUCAUGGUUCAAACCCUUCCAGAGUGGCGACGCCUUGUACAAAUGGCAAACCCGGUCGGACAACUACGAGUCUCCUCUCUUCUUCAUCUGGGCCAUAUGGUUCACUGUCGACCUCGCUAUCGUCUACUCUAACGGACAUCUCUACCGCCUGCCGUGGUGGAAGAACAUGGCUCUUAUCGUCGUCUCUGUCCUCAUGGCAACUCCAAUCCUCCUCCUCCUCCUCCUCAACGGCACAGACUACAACUGCGCCUUCAAGAUCAACUGCGACAUGAUAACAUACUUCAAGAUCAGCUCGUCUCCUGUCAACAAGAUCCUCUUCCCCUAUGAGAGAAUCGGCGGCAACGAAUGGUACGCGCCGAGUGAAAACACCUUCUACUCGCACAACUUCAAGGUUGUCUUUUUGGUUGUGCUGGGGCUGGGCAGCUUGUUCCAUGCAGUGGUCUAUUCAAAGGUGAUCUUGGGCCCGGUCGUACAGGAUUGGAUCCCCAACAGGCUGAAAUGGAACGACUCGUCGGCGCAGAUCUUGUUUGAACUGAUGUCUCUCAAGUUUCACCAUGUGUACAGCCUGCUGCAGACAAGUCUGUUCAGCUGCUUCUUCAAGUUCGGCGGCAAAGUUCCCAUGCAGCGUGAGGACCAGGACAUGCAGCCGAUGACGAAGAGCUCAUACAGCAAUGAGUGAAGAUGUCACACCGUCGAUUUCAAACUCCCUAAAUCUCAACAUGCUACCUUGUAAAGUUUACCUACCUUUUAUCGUUCUUGCUCCUUGAUGUAUCAAAUCAGAAACAGGUCC